CAUGGAGGUGCAAGAUGCUGGACAAGAUAUGGUGGCUUCCUAUGCCACACCAGGAAGCGGUAAAUCGAAGCUGGAUACGCUGUCCAAGGAAGAUCUCAUCAAAUUUGCGAAGAAGCAAAUGAUGCUUAUGCAGAAAGUGAAGUCAAGAUGCACAGAAUUGGAAAAAGAGAUUGAACUCAAAUCAAAACCAGCUGCUGGAGAAGCUGAUGAUAUUAUUCAGGCACUCUCAGAAAGGCUGGAUGCUGUUCUUCUGGAAAAAGCAGAGAUCCAACAGCAGUGCAUAGCCCUCAGAAAAGAAAAUGCUAAAAGGAAACAAGAAGCAGAGGUUGCUGUAACUAAGACAGAAGAACUGCAGAAGCAGUUGGAACAAUCAAGCGUUGACCACUUGAAAGAUAUUGAAGGCCUUAAGAAUGAAGUAGGAAGAGCACAGUCCAAAUACAAUGAAGACUUAGCCAAACUGCAGAAAGAACUGCAGGAAGAAGUGAAGAAACAAAUGGGGCUUGCAGAACAGCUUGAACUUCAUAGUAAUCAACAAGAGGAAACUAAAAGACUACAAGAAGAGGUCCAGCAAAUUAAGCAUGCAUAUGAGGAACAGAUUUUAUGUCUGAAUAAACAGUUGGAAACUAUCAGUGAAGAUAAAAACAAAGAAAUUGAAAAUCUGCAAGAAGUUAUCAAAAAUAAUUCUCAACAUUACUGUAGUGAAAUCAAUAAUCUGCAUGAAGAGCUUAUGCAAGUAAAGGGUGCACACCAGGAAGAGGUUUCAGAAUUGAUGUGUCAGCUUGAAGCCACUUCUAAAGAAUAUGAAGAGGAACGAAACCAGAUAAAUUGGCAAAAGCCGGACUUAACAGAGCAGCACUUGGUAAAAGAGGAAAGCAUGAAGAGUGAAUUAUAUGCUAGUAAUGAGAAAUAUGAACAUGAAUUGGAGCAACUAAGAGAAGCUGUAAAUGAAAAUGAGACAGAUGUUACAGAUGUACAAAGAGAGACUUAUGUGAACACACAAAUGGAAGAAAAGGUCAAACACUUAGAACAUAGUUUAAAAGAACUGGAAUCUCAACAUAGUAUAUUAAAAGAUGAACUAACCUAUAUGAAUAAUGUUAAGUUAAAACUGGAGGAGGAAAUCCAGCGCACAAAGGAUGAAUAUUUUCAUGAGCGGGAAGACUUGGAGUUUAAAAUUAAUGAACUGCAACUUGCUAAAGAAGAUCAUUGUUGUGUAAUUGAAAAACUAAAAUCAGAGCUCCAAGCAACAAGACACCAAUAUGAAAUCACUGAAAAAGAGCGUAACCUAGAAGUUCAAAGUCUGAGAGAACAACAAGAGAGAGAGAUUUCGGAACUACAUCAGACUUUAUUGUCAAGUUCAGAAAAAGAAAAUAUGGCAUUGGUUUUUGAAAUACAGGAUCUUAAGGAACAGUAUCAAAAGCUCAUACAGGAGAAGGAAGAAGCAGUGUUCAAUUAUGAGAGUUUGAGGGAAACGCUGGAAACUCUACAAACUGAAUUGGGGGAAUCAGCUGGAAAGAUCAGUCAGGAGUUUGAAUCAAUGAAGCAGCAGCAAGCUUCUGACGUCAGUGAGUUACAACAGAAACUCAGAGCUGCUUUCAAUGACAAGGAUGCUCUUCUUGAAACAGUGAGUCGUCUUCAGGAAGAAGCAGAAAAAUUAUCGUCUAAACAAGCUGAGGUGGAAGAACUUAAGCAUAAAAUAGUCAGCUUUCAGGAGGCGAAUGAGGCAAUGGUGAUCUCUCUUGAUCAAAAAGAGAUCACAAUAAAAGAACUGGAGGAAAAGGUGACUACUCUUGCCUCUCAAAAAGAUGGUAUUUUAAGUGAACUGAAAUGUUCAGGUGAAGAAGUAGAAAAUCUCCAAGAAAUGUGUAAAAAAGAACAAGAAAAGGUCCUGGAACUUCAGCAACAAGCAGAAUUUGUUAACCAGUGCAACAGUGAACUGAAAAAAAAUGUAGAGGAUUUAACAGAGACACUAAAAGAAGCUUUAAAAGAGAAGGAGGAGAAUAACCAAAAGUUAGUGCAAUUAGAGGAACAAAUGGAAGCUCUCUCGCUUGAUAGAAAGAGUCUGUUAUCUCAAGCAUAUACUCUUCAUAAGGAAAAUGAGAAAAUCAGUAAGGAAAAAGACAAAAUAAGUAGUAAUCUGGAAAAGGUUACCUCUGAAAAGGAGGAUUGGCUAGUAUUUAAAGAACAAGCUGAAAAUUUAGAAAAGAAAUUACAAAUUGCUGUUGAAGAAAAAGACCAUUUAACUUUGCUUCUUGAAAACAAACAAGCACAUGCAUCACUUGUCAAAACUCAGCUGUACGGUUUGCUUGAGCAAAUAGGGUCCAGGCUUUCAGAUGAUGAGGAGGAACGUGAUGCUAUUAAUUUACUGGAGAUUGCAAAUGAAUCCUUGGCAAAAAUGAAAGAAGAAAAACAGAGCCUUACUUUGCAGAAUGAUGAAAAAGUUGUUAAUUUACAGCAGAAGGUUGAGAGACUUCAGGAAGAAAAUGUAGUUCAAUGUGUAGAGCUCAGAUCUUUGCUGGAAAACUUUGAAAAAGAAAAGUGUCUCUUAGCAGAAAAAUUAGAAGGAGCUUUGACAGAAAAAGCAGCAUUGCAGCUAGACAUCCAAGAGAUGAAGAGUGCCAGUGAGAAAGCAAGGAAUGAAAAACAAGAUCUUCUAGCUUGUAUUGAAGAGCUCUCUCAAAAACUUGCAUGUUAUGAAAGCCAAAUACAAGAGCAACAGAAGGAAUCUUCUACAGAAGAGCAAGAAAACCUAAAACUCAGUCUAGAACAAAGAGAGGCUGAACUUAGAAAUGUGAAAGCCGAACUGACCUCUCUAAAGGAUUUCAUGGAGAAGUCGUCUGUAAAAAAUGACCAACAAUCUUCAGUAGCAGAACUACAAGAAAAAAUUGUAUGUCUGGAAAAGCUAUCUGCAGAGAGAGAAGAGAAGUUAAAUAAAGUUAAAGUCAUUGCUGUGAAAGCAAGGAAAGAACUAGAUUCUAGCAGAAAAGAGGUGCAGUCUUUGAGAGAAGAAUUAGAGUUGGUACAAUCAGAGAAAGAUCAGAUGUCUACUUCUAUGAGGGACAUCAUCCAAGGAGCAGAAAGCUAUAAGAAUCUUUUGCUGGAAUAUGACAAGCAAGCAGAACAGCUGGAUUUGGAAAAGGACCGAGCAAAUAAUCUUGAACAUCAGAUGGAUGACCUUACAAGACAACUACAGACUUCAACUCAGCAGCAAAACCAACUAAACUCUGCCAAUGAAGACCUUAUGUCUCGUCUUGAAACUCUACAGUCUAAUGUUAAACUGCUAGAAGCCCAGAUAUUAGAAACACAGAGAGCCAAAGCAAAAGUCAACAAAGAACUGGAAGCUGAAAAAUUUCUAAAAGAGCAAAAGAUAAAGGACCACAGCAGUGCUGUAAGAGAACUUGAAGACCUUCAGCUUCAGCUUCAGAAGGAAAAGAAACAUCUUCAGAAAACUAUGCAGGAGCUAGAGCUGGCCCGCCGGGAUGCCCAGAAGAGCACACUAAUGGAUAUGGAAAUGGCUGAUUAUGAGCGUUUAGUGAAAGAACUUAAUCAGAAGAUUACAGAUAAAAACUGCAAAAUUGAAGAUCUUGAGCAAGAGCUCAGAAUUCAAAAACAAAAACAAGAAACACUACAAGAAGAAAUAAAAUCUCUUCAGUCUUCUGUGCUACAGUAUGAGGAAAGGAACUCCCAAAUAAAACAACUGCUAGUGAAAACCAAAAAAGAACUGGCCGAUUCAAGGCAAGCUGUAA